AUGGUGACUGCGGCCGGUGUGAUUCUCAGUACCAUUCUUGGUGCUUCGGCCAGAAGGCUCCAAGUUCAGCUUGUGGGCAAGCAAUUCGGCAGAACCUGGGACAGAGUUCCAGGUUACGUCUUGUCGAUUGGUGCCUUCUUGGGAGGCUACGCCAUUUGUGACCACUUUGUUGAGAGAAAUAGACACUUAUUGAACAGAAGAUUGGCCCAGUUGCGUGAACAGAGGGCUCAAGUCGAUGCAUUCCACGAGUUUGACGUGGAGGGCGACCACAGAAUCACUGCGUCUAAGAGAACCAGGAAGUUCUUUGAGUUGUUCGACAAAUACGGUCAGGACUACAAAUAA